CCGCUCUUAGGGACUCCGGAGAAGGGACACCCGCAGCAGCUGCGGCAGAAAGAAGAAGCGGCAGAGGCGGAGGCAGGAGAGGAGGAGGAAGCAGAGGCAAGGAGAGCAGCGGCUGCCUCUUUCCCGCCUCCUCUUCCUGCUCCUGGUUCAUCUCCGGCGCUGCUGUGCUUCUUGUCUUGUUUCUUUUUCCCGCGCGCCUUGCUGGCUGUGGCGGGGCGCGGGAGCGGAGGCCUCGGGCUGGGCGGCGGGAGCUCCCUCGGAGGGCGAGGAUGGAGGAGGACGAGGAGGCUCCCGGGCGGCGGGCGGGCGGCGGGCGCGCUCUCUCGGGCCAGUGGGCGGACGCGGCGGCGGCGCGGCCCCGCACCACGGAGCGGCACAUCACGGUCCACAAGCGCCUCGUCCUGGGCUUCGCGGUCUCCAUCCUGGCCCUGCUGGUGGUCACCAUGAUCGCCGUCCUGCUCAGCGUCCGCAUCGAGGAGUGCGGCGCGGCGGCAGGAGCGGGGGACCCGGCGGCGGCGGGGAGAGCGGGCAACGGGAGCGCCCCGCCGGCCGGAGCCCGCCUCAACCAGCCCCACCUCCUCGGGGAGCCUCCCCGCGAAGGAGACGGGGACGCGGCCCCGGCGGAGGCGGACUCGGAGGAGAACGGCGAGCACCCUCCGCCCUGGACGCUGCCGCGCCUGCCGGGCCACCUGCGCCCGCUGCACUACAACCUGAUGCUGAGCGUCUUCCUGGAGAACUUCACCUUCAGCGGCGAGGUCAACGUGCAGGUCGAGUGCCUCCGCGCCACCCGCUACGUGGUGCUCCACGCCCACCGGCUCCGCGUCGAGGCCGCCCGCCUGGCCGAGGACCGCCUGGCCGGAGCCCUCCGCGUGGCCGGCUUCUUUCUCUACCCGCAGACCCAGGUCUUCGUCCUCGUCCUCAACCGCAGCCUCGAGGCCCAGCGCAGCUACAACCUCAAGAUCCUCUUCCACGCGCCCAUCGAGAACGAGCUGCUGGGCUUCUUCCGCAGCUCCUACGUCCUCUACGGCGAGCGGAGGUUCCUUGCAGUUACGCAGUUUUCUCCUACUCAUGCCAGAAAAGCUUUUCCUUGCUUUGAUGAGCCCAUCUACAAGGCCACAUUCAAAAUCAGCAUCAAACACCAAGCAACCUAUUUAUCUUUGUCCAAUAUGCCUGUGGAAACGUCUGUUUUUGAAGAAGAUGGAUGGGUUACGGAUCACUUUUCACAGACUCCUCUCAUGUCCACAUAUUACCUAGCCUGGGCCGUUUGCAAUUUCACGUACCGUGAGACUAUGACAAAGAAUGGUGUUGUGAUCCGAUUGUAUGCAAGACCUGAUGCCAUCAGAAGAGGAUCUGGGGACUAUGCUCUAAACAUUACUCGGAGACUAAUUGAGUUUUAUGAAGACUACUUCAGAAUGCCGUAUUCCCUGCCAAAAUUAGAUCUGUUAGCUGUGCCCAAGCACCCAUAUGCCGCUAUGGAGAACUGGGGACUGAGUGUUUUUGUGGAGCAGAGGAUACUCCUGGAUCCAAGCAUUUCAUCUAUCUCAUACUUACUUGAUGUCACCAUGGUCAUUGUACAUGAGCUGUGUCACCAGUGGUUUGGUGAUCUUGUGACUCCAGUAUGGUGGGAAGAUGUAUGGCUAAAGGAAGGCUUUGCUCACUACUUUGAAUUUGUUGGAACUGACUAUCUCUAUCCUGGCUGGAAUUUGGAGAAGCAAAGGUUUCUGACAGAUGUCUUGCAUGAAGUAAUGUUGCUUGAUGGCCUGGCUAGUUCACACCCGGUAUCUCAGGAAGUACAACAAGCCACAGACAUUGACAGAGUGUUCGACUGGAUUGCCUACAAAAAGGGUGCAGCUUUAAUUCGAAUGCUGGCUAAUUUUAUGGGUCACUCAGUGUUUCAGAUGGGCCUACAAGAUUAUUUGACAAUUCACAAGUAUGGCAACGCUGCUAGAAAAGACCUAUGGAACACACUGUCAGAGGCACUUAGAAAGGUUGGGAAAUUUGUGAAUAUUCAAGUAGUAAUGGAUCAGUGGACACUCCAGAUGGGUUAUCCUGUUAUCACCAUCAUGGGAAACGAAACUACAGACAAUAUUGUAGGAAUUUCCCAGGAACAUUUUAUUUAUGAUCUCGAUGUCAAAACCAAAGAUUCUGGUCUUGGAAACAACAGCUACUUGUGGCAGAUUCCAUUAACAAUUGCAGUAGGAAAUACGAGCCACAUCUCAUCAGAGGCAAUUAUAUGGGUGUCUAACAAAUCAGAGCAUCAUAGGAUUUCCUCUCUCACUGAGGGAAGCUGGCUGCUGGGAAACAUCAAUCAGACUGGUUAUUUUAGAGUUAACUAUGACAUUAGAAACUGGAAAUUGCUAAUUGACCAACUACUGAGAAACCAUAAGAUUAUCUCUGUCAGUAAUCGUGCAGGUUUGAUCGAUGAUGCGUUCAAUUUAGCCAGAGCUGGCUAUUUGCCUCAGAAUAUCCCACUAGAGCUGCUCAGAUACCUGUCGAAGGAAAAGGAGUUCCUGCCUUGGCAUGCUGCCAGCCGCGCUCUUUAUCCGCUAGAUAAGUUGCUGGAUCGCACAGAAAACUACAACAUCUUCAAUGAAUAUAUUUUAAGACAAGUUGCUUCAAUGUAUCUCAAGCUUGGAUGGCCAACAAAUAAUGUGGACAAAUCCUUUGUUCAAGCAUCAUACCAACAUGAGGAAUUACGCCGCGAAGUGAUUAUGUUGGCCUGCAGCUUUGGUAACAAGCACUGCCACCAGCAGGCAGCAACUCUAAUCUCAGAUUGGAUUUCCAGCAACAGAAACAGAAUACCAUUAAAUGUAAGAGACAUCGUCUACUGCACAGGAGUUUCUCUAAUGGAUGAGGACGUCUGGGAGUUCAUCUGGAUGAAAUUCCACUCUACUACAGCAGUAUCAGAAAAGAAAAUUUUGCUAGAAGCUUUAACAUGUAGUGACGACAGAAAUUUGUUAAACAGGCUUCUUAACCUCUCUCUAAAUUCAGAAGUUGUCCUGGAUCAGGACGCAAUUGAUGUCAUAAUCCAUGUAGCUAGAAAUCCACAUGGAAGAGAUCUUGCUUGGAAAUUUUUUAGGGAAAAAUGGAAAAUACUGAAUGCAAGAUAUGGAGAAGCAUUAUUUAUGAAUUCAAAACUUAUCAGUGGAGUUACAGAAUUUCUUAAUACAGAGAGUGAAUUAAAUGAGCUAAAGAACUUUAUAAAGACCCAUGAAGAGGGAUCUGCUGCCUCUUUCUCUCGAGCUGUGGAAACAGUAGAAGCUAAUGUCCGGUGGCAAUUGCUUUAUAAAGAAGAAUUAUUUCAGUGGUUGAGAAAAUCACUGGCACACUAAUAAGUGUUUCUGACAAAGACUCAGUGCCAAACUGUGCAAGUGGAGAAGCACGAUAUGAAACUCCGGGAACCUUUGACUGGAAAUUCAAUGAAGACCAGUUCAAAUUGGAAGGAUAUAUAGAUAUAGAUAUAUUAUAUUUUUGCACCAGUCUUCUCAGAACUGUAAACUUCAAAGGAAAAAGGAAAAGACUCUGUCAAAGAGAAGAGGGCAUGAAUGCUUACAAACCCCAGUCCUCAUUGUACCAUGGACAAAUGUGAUACUAAGUGGUGCAUGUAAAUGUUAAUGUUGGUUUUUUGGGGGAAAGCCCUCAGAAUAUAUGUGCAUGGUUAUAUUAUUCCUGCCUGUAUUCCAGCAUGCUUACUAAGGGUGUCCAUGUUUUGUAUGUGAGUUUCCAUAACAUCAAAAAUGGGCAUUAUGCAAAAGCACAAAGACUAUCUGUGACAAUCAGUAUUUCAAGAGCAAGGUAGGAUGUAAAGGUGUGUGUAAAAGAUACACAUGAACAGCAUGUGAUAAAAGUGUCACCUUUCCAUGAUACAGGCCAGUUAGCACACUGAUUGUCCUUCCUUUACUGUCUGGGUGUUAAUUCUCUUUUGGGGGUGUGAAUCAUGAUAUAAAUUACAGUCUAAAUUCUCUCCUUUUAAGCCAAGCACACUUGUAUAUUCAAAGAUAGGAUAUUUCCAAAAAUAUACUUUCAGAGCAAAGUUUUAUUCACUGCUUUUAUUAAUUUGUUGACCCUACAUUUAUACUGUUUAUGACAAAAAUUCAUAUAUGUGCAGAAUCCUUCUUCAUUAUUAUUCUUCAGCAAAAAGUAUUCAACAAGUGCUGCUCAGUAUGGUAAGUAGUUACACAGCUGUUGUUUGAUAUAAAAAUAUCAAAUUGAUAGAAAGGGCAAAAGAAAAAUCUGUGAGCUAGAAUACCUUCCUGUAUUUGGAUCUAUUGUAAAUAACAGUGAAUACUCCUUGAUCCAUUAUCCUGCCAGCAUGAAUCCUGUUUCUUUAUAAAGAGGUGCCUGAUUAAAAUCAAACAGGAAUGGUGUCUGGAGCAACUGUUAAGGAUCAAACAGAAUGGCAUUUGGAACAACCAUGCUGGCCAGUGUUGAAAAAUAGUCUCCCAUAUCUGUUCUCAUUUAUUUUUAUUCAUGUAAAGUACUUUGUAGAGCUCUUCAAAGGCUGUAGUUCUAAACACACUUACUAGGAAGAGACACAUACUCCACUAAGCACAGUGGAAAUUCAGUCUAAGGACUUCACUAUAUAUUGGUAUUUUCCCUUAUUUUUUUCAGAUAUGUGUAAAAUAAUGAGUUUGUUAAAACUGAUUUGCUUUCUUCAGAAUUUGAGUAAAUUUUUGCUCUGUUCUAGGAACCAAUGUUGUUACUUUGUUUUAGGAAGUAGCAUCCAUCUUAGGAAGCAUUCUGUCUGGUAUGAAAAAUAAACCGUUGACAGCAUUCUCCAAAUUAGAAGGGAUUUCUACUGCCCCUAUGACCAGCUGCUUAUAAUCUCUGCAUUUUCACUCCCCAACAGACAAGUCGACUGAUCAGAGCCCACAAGAGAAGGAGAUAGUUACUUUUAUCAUGUAGUCCAUGAAGGACAGCUUUAAUCAGAUAAUAACGUCACAAUAGCAGCAACUGCCAGAUUUUUCACAUUAUACAUGAGCCCUAAGUAGGAACUUGGCUAAACGCCCGUCAAUGACACAAUAGCUUUGCUGAGUGGAUUGCUGCCAGACUUGGGUGGAAAAGAAAAUCAAAUAUAGACUUUGUUUCCAUAGAACUUCAUUUAAAAAAAGUUUUUUCCAAAUGUCCCUAGGUGAUCUUCUUCAGCUAAUGUGCCAGUCUCCAAGCUGUAGCACUCUCACUUUACUUUUAGUCUACAAAAUAAAUAUUGAGUUAAAUUUGCGUCGCCAUUUUCUCCCACUGGUUAGUAGCUGUAACAUCCUCUGGUGAUGGAUGGAUGGCUAACGUGCGACCCUCCUGAUGUUAGUGGACUGCCAGACCCAUCACCCUUCAUUCUUGGCAAUUUUGGAAGGUACCUUUGGGAGCUGCAAUAACAUAAUUAUACAGAGAGGCCUCAUUAUGAAAGACAAAGACCUUUAUUUCUUUUAUCUGUUUCAAGUGAUGAGCUCUAGCAAGGAUUUGAAAUUUCUGUUGUGCUCCAGUGCUAAGGAGCUGCUUUUUUCUGUCAAAAGCAAAACAAAACCAAGACAGUAUCUCAUCUCUUCUAGAGUUAGCUUUUUAGAUUUAGAAAACUAAAUUGCAUUGUAAGAUCAAAGGCUGUUCAAAUGCAGCACCAAGACAAUUUAAUAAAAGCUUAUUAAGUGUAAUAGAAUUAUAGCAUCUUCCUCUCUUGAAGCCAAACUUAAGCCUAGAAAUAGGAAACAGAGCCAGGAGAAAUGGCAGCUGUAGGAAGGUAUGAUCAUCUGAUUAGAGAAUGGAACAGAAUGGGGAAAAAAAACUUGUUGAACAAGAGAAAGGAAGCAAGAGAAAAGAAGUGCUGCCUGUAGAGAAAUGUGAGUGUUGCUUGAAGGAAAGUGGAAAACAUUUUGGCAGUUUAGGUUAAAGAAAGUUAACCUGAGGGACAAUGAUUUAUGAGCAAGUCCUAGGCUCUCAAGAUUUAAAAAGAUGGCUGGUGUGUUAUAAAGGUGUAAUUUAUAACACAGGUAUGUCAUGUCAUGUGGUUGAAUUAAACUCAGGAAAAAAUAAUUCAACAUAUUCUGCACCAAAUCCUAGCCAAGCAAACACUUCAGUUAAGCAUUUUGUAGUUUCAUCUUUAACACAAAGCAUAUGCUGAUGAAGAAAAACAUCCAUAUAUUCUUGAAUUGCAAACUUGUUGAAGGCGAUGCAUUAUCAGACAAACGAUAGCCAGUUUCAACAUCUCAGAUGGCAAAAUCCAGGUAAUUGUCCUAUAGAUGCUAUUGCUUCUUUAGCUUUUGUCCUCAUUCUUCUUAGGGCUCUUCCAGAUAGACUCGAAACCUGUCCACACAAUACCUCAGGUUAAUCCAGAGUAAACUGGGAUUUCCUGAUUUACUCUGAAUUUUUAAAUAUACUCAACAGAUCCGGACCUUAUUGCAAGGUCCCCAUCUGCUGAGGUGUUGGGCCUGUGGAGAUUGACUCUCAGGACUGCCUUCUGUGAUCCUGAGGGGCAAUCCUAAUUGUCAUCCUGGUUCUUUGGGCUCCAAGAGACCAAAGGAGCAGGAUGGCAUCCCCAUUCUCCCCUCCCAGUCCCCUGUUUCACCUUUAAAUUUAUUGUAGGGGCCUGGCUGCGUCAGGGGACUGGGCGACCUGGGGGGACAUGUUGCCACCCCCUGCAAAAUCCCAGAGUUGGGGCUGCUGUGUGGCCUCAAUCCUGAGAGGAACUAGAACUUAAAAUCCAAGUUCCUCUCAGGAGUUUGGCCUAUCUGAAAUUGUCAUUAGUUCAGUAUCAAUAUCUUCUGAACUUUUCAAUUGGAAUUGAGCUAAUAUAAGAACCAUUUACUCAAAUCAGUGUGCACAUGAUAUGGACUGUUGCUUUUCUUUAUAGUACUCUCAGGGCCUUUCCACACAGUCAUAUAACUCAGAAUAUCAUGGCAGAUAAUCCACAAUACCUGCUUUGAACUGGGUUAUCUGAGUCCAGGCUGCCAUAUAACCCAGUUCAAAGCAGAUAAUGUGGGAUUUUAUACAGCUGUGUGGAAGGGGCCUCAGUCACUGUCCACAAUCCCAUCCCAAGGGCAGAGUACAAAUACCUGAAAAAUACUAAACACCUACAAUGGGCUAUAAUCUAUGAAAACUCAUUCUAUAAUGCAUCUGUAAGUCUUUUAUAGUGCCACAAGUUUCUCUGUUAUUUUUCCUACUACUGAAUAAUAUUGCUGUCCCUUUGUAUAUUCAUCUUAAUGUCUCCUUCUUUUUAGACAAUUUGCUAAGGCAGACAUGGCAUAAUAGCCCUGCUCUAAUUUCACUAAAUUCAAAGUACCAGAACUUGCUUUUGUGCCAGGUGUUUCAGCAUCCUCUGGCUGACAUCCUUUUAGUGACUUGCAAAGGCAUAAAUCCAACUUGCAUCAGCAUAAAUCAUUGUUUUGAUCAUUCCAGAGUCAGAUUUUUUUUUUCUACUGACUUCACACAAUGACCAAACUUUCACCCACCCACUUUUAAGAUGCUGCCAAACAUCAGACAGUAUGCCUGUUUGCUGACCAGAUUGGAGUGAGGAACAAAAGUUAUAGAAUUCAUAAUCCUAUAACUGGAUACACAGUAUUGGAGUUAUCCUUCAUGACCUUUGAAGCACCCUCAUAAAAUCACAGAGGAUGCCUUGCUAUUGUGCAUUCACAGUGGUUCUCAAUCUGGGGUCCCCAGAUAUUUUUGGCUUUCAGCUCCCAGAAAACCUAAGAGCUGGUAUUUCUGGGAGCUGUGGGCUAAAAACAUCUGGGGACCCCAGGUUGAGAACCACUGAGUUAUAGGAACACGGUGUGGUGGAACACUUACAUUUCCUUGCUUUCUACCAGUCAAAUGACAAUACUGGGGCAGAAGAUUGCAGCAACUUAAAGUUGAGUUUAUGGGGAAAGGCUAGCAUAUUGGAAUGUUAUGUUCCACUUGAUUCAGUAUCUCAAGUUAGAGCCUACAUUCAGUGUAAGAAGACAGGCAAUACUCCAGAUUUUAUUACACUUGCUUUUCAUUAGCUAAUGGGGAAGGAAGUUCCAGUUCACCAAUAGCAAGUAGGCUACAUUUUCUCUAUCCCUGGACUAUACAAUGUACAUGCCAGAUUUUAUUGUAGCACAUUCUGUAUGUACUAUGUAAUUCUACCUAUGAACACUGCCAGCUAUGAUACAGCUGUAAUGAGAGUUGAAUGUAUCAUGUAUAACUAUGGCUUUGUGAAUAUGCUUCCUGGCUAUAGCAAUGGUUUGAAAAUUCUGUUGGGUGGUUUCAAGAUAUUGGCACUUGCCAAUGCAUAAACAGUCAUCACAGGAACUGAUUAUCCAAACCAUGAAUUCCUAGAUUAUGCUUACAGUGUGUGGGUAUACUAUCAAAUUGUCACACCCCGUGGACCUAUGAGUUUGGAUUUCUGUGUCAAUAGAAGUCAAUUUGUCAAUAACCUAAUUUGUUAUAGGAUGUACAGUACACCUGGGAUUGAAAACCUUUAACCUACUGAAAGCUUUGUACUUGAACUCUGGAAAGUAUGGUUUAUAGUAAAGGAUGGUGGGAAUUGUAAUUCAGAUUAUCUGGAGCGCCAAAGGUUCCCCACUCCUGAAGUUCACAUUUAUAAUUGUAAAUACCUUUGUUUAUUUUUACAGGUUGACACAUUUUAAACAUUCUUAUUCUCAGCCUUAACUUCUAACACCCUACCUUUUUGACAGUGUUCCUAAAACCCAUCUUAAGCCAAAUGUACGCCUCUUCUCUCAUACUAACUCAUGAGAUCUUAUUCAAGCAUUCCAUACUUCUCUCAUCUAUUAUUCAGCUUUCUACUAUCAUAAACCUGGCUGUUAGGGAAAAAAUGAUCACAACAGCCAGGGAAGGGGCUUUGGAUUCUUGGAUUUCUAGACUGAAAUUAAAGGCAGAUUGGAUAAAAGCACUGUGUUGAGGAAGCAUACAUGUGAUGGUUAAUGCAGGCUAGAAUGAUGUUGGAGUAAUAUAUUGAUAAUAAUAGUGGUUACACUUUCAUAUGUACUUUGAGGAUUGUUGCAGAAGUUGUUCACAACCUCCAUGUAUAAAUUCCUUCUCUGUAACACAAGUUUGUUGUAGGAUGUAAUUCCAUUGUGUUCCUGAUGCCAUCCAGCUGUUGUUGAGCAGCCAUAGAAAAAGAAUAGCGCUCCCAGAUCUCCAAAACAUUCAGCUAAUAUCUAUACAUUGGUUGACCUUAGUGGUUUGUCCUGCUACUAUCAAGCUGAAAUCGGGUAGCACAGUGUAAGUUUCUUUAGAAAGGCAUAUUAGCCAGCCCAUUUGUGGUGUGUAUACAGUGGUGGAAGAUAUUCCUUUGAAAUCGUAUUUUCAUCUAUUGCUCAUCAGUAAUCCAGAUUUUAAUAAUAAAUAACAUGUAAAAAUGUUAAAACUACAAAAUACUGAUAUUUUACAAUGUAUUUGAGUAAAGUUGUUUUAAAAAUUACCCCUUCUAAAACAAUCCAAAAUAUAUAAUUGGUGUAGAGGUUUCUCAUUUUAAUUUCAUCACUUCCAUCUUUCAUCAUCAUUUUCUUUCAUUUUUCUUUCAUGAUUAUGGUCAUAUAUAGUUUGUCCCUUAGUGCAGAAGCAGCAAAAACUAUAUAUCCAGAAGAGUUACAAGAGUCAUGAAUUCACCAGAUUAAAUAUAUUGAAACUUAGAUAAGAUGGAUUUCCCCACAGUAAUGGAAGUGUGCCCUAAAUACAGUAUGUGGUGAAUAGGUUCUGUCACAUGGACAUGAUUUCAUACUCAUCCUAAAUGAGAUGCCUCAAUCGUAUUAUAUUUAAUUAUUGCAAUCUUCCUCUUUAUCAACUUCUACAAUGCUUUCAUGCAUAGCAUACAAUUGUCCCCAUGUCCAUUGAUAACUUACAACAAUAUUCGUGUCAUUACUUAUCUUAGAGUACCUUGCAGGUGAACAAUAGAAAUCUUGGUGCAUUACACUGGAAUUUUGUAGUGCCUUGAAUUGUAAGACUUUAAAACGUCUAAGAGGAGUUUCCAUUUCAGAGUGCUUUAAAGGGGGUGUGCUUGCAUGAGUGGGUAAGAUGACUCUCAGAGGGACAUAUAGGCGUCCUUCUGAGAACUAGUUAUAGUUGAAGCAAUUGGCAAUUGUUCAUGAGCACCCUUGUCCUAGUGACCCUAAAGCAUGUUGAUCCUCCAAGUGUACUAUUACAUAGAGAACAUUUUCCACUUAGGGAUGUAAAUUGUCUGGUGACAUUUUGCAAGGAUUGCAGCAGAGAUAAAGCUCCAGUGCUUUUGUAUCACCAUCAUUUGCAAUGCUGUUAAGUGUCCUAGUGUGAAAGAAUUGCCAGGACUCUGCCAAUAAUUUCUGAUUUUGUUAGUUUAAAUCAUCAGUGGACAAAUGUUUGCCUAAUGGUUCCUGGUGUUUGUUUUAAAUGGCAUUAUUUUAACUCACCUAAUAAUAGUAUAUUUUGAGCCAAGGUACAUAUUGCACCAUGGUGUUAAUGUUGUUGAGAGCACUGAAAUUAGUAGUCUUAAGUGCACUUAACUCUGUUGGGUUGUGAUUUUGAUGCAUAUGGCAUUCUUCAUUCCAGUAGCAGUUUAUUUCCCACCUCAUGGGUAAGCUACAAUAGUGGAAGUUAUAUCCUAUUGUGACCACUGUGCUCCCACUGCUGAAGCUCCUGUGGCUGCUAAAUCCGUAUCCCAAUAUGAUUACCAUUAUUAUGCAGGUGAUGACAGCUCAGCUAGAAGACAGCAAGGUGCGAGAAACUGUUUUAUCCUAUUGCAUUUAUUUUCCCCUCUGAAGUGCACAGUUUUAAAAAUGUAUAUGAGGGCCCCUAUUUCCAUAAUAGUAGGGGGAGGGAUAGAAAAAAGUUAUCUUCUAUAUACAUGUGAGUCUAUGGAAAGAUUCUGUUUGUGUAAGCGGAAGGGAGGGAGCCCUACCAAGUAUGCUGUGAAAUGCAUGCAGUACCUGUCCAUAUUCACACGUUCACAAGUCCAGAUAUUUAAAGAGUUUGUUUCAUGAAGCAUUGCAAUUAUGACAGCUAGCACAAUGUAGCAAUGUAGCACCAUGUUGUGACUGGAAGAUCUCUGUUUUAAAUUUAAUCUGAGCUACAGACUCAAGGUGGCUUUCAGUAAGCAAUUAUUUACCAACUGACCUACUUUGUUGGGUUGCUGUAUGGAAGAUGUUUUACUAGCAAGCAUUUUAUGUGAUGUGUAAUGUUCACACCAAGUCAGUAACGAAGUGCUUAGUGUUAACACACUAUUUCUGAUAUAUUGUCUGACAGUUCAGAAUAGAAGUAUCAAAAUUUUCACUGCCUUUGAAGCUUGGGGUACAGAGAGUCCGCCUGCUACUGCUAUGAUUAUUUUUCAAAAUACAUCAAUAAUCCUUUCUGGAAAAUGUCUGCAACUAAUAACUAUAUUAUAUGUUUCCUGUAAAAAGGCUAACUACAUGUAAAUAUAAUUUUGAUGUAUUAAGAACAGGGUCAUCCUCCCCCCCCCCCCCAAUUCUGUGGAAGCUGAGGACAUACACCACAUUAUCUUGAUCCAUGCUUUUCUAUUCUCCAUGAGUACAAUUAAAGAGGGGCAAUAAAGGAUUGACAAAGCACAUUUUCUUUACCUGUACAGCUCUUAGUCACAGGAAACAGAAAUGUAAAUAAAUGGUGUUAAUAAAUAAAAAGGAGGGAUUGUCCAACCUUUAGGUCACUAUAUCCUUGGAAAUCAGUAUAUUUUUCCAUCAAAUCUCAAAUGUCUACCUUCUGCAGGAGAAACAUCAUACUCUUGUACAAUGUAUGCAUUUAUUUCUGCAUGGUUUAUUUCUAGCUCUGCACACAACAUGUACACUUCAGAAUAAAUUGACACUUCUCCAUUUUUAUUGGUGCAGCUCUGGACAGCUAUAAACAGGGGAGUGGCCCCAAAACACAAAAAUCACUAAGAAAGUAUUUCUGAACAAAGAAACCCAAGGUACCUACCAGAGCUUUUGUGUAUCCAGCAGUCCUUGGGCAGGACUAUUUUUUAUUUUGACACAAAUCAAAGGUUUGCCAAGAGAUUUAUAGUUCUUACUAUAAAUAUGCAUAUAUGUACUCAUUCAAAACUUAUAUUGUUCACGGCGGAACUCUGCAUGGGGGAGAUUUCGGUAUGGAGUGUGGGGGGAGGAAAGGUGAACAAGAGCAUUGUUUGUGCACCAGAGUCCCUGUAAGCUUUUGGAUUGCAGAUGCUAAAUAUAAUUCUUGGUCUUGGAAUCAUUACUUUAAGUGUCGCUCCUAUGGUUUCAUUUUUGACUUGGGAUUUCACCUAAUAAAGGCCCAGCAGUCCUUUGUGGGCAUCAUUGCCUAUUCAUCCUUAAAGGUUCCAAUUCAACAAAUCUGUUUAAUCCCAUGCUUAAUCCAUCCUUCUUGAGAAAAACUCAUCAAUUAUAUUCAGUGUCGACACUGCAGUUGAAAUGCUGCAGUCUGUGUUUAAAUGCUGUGCAGACAGUGAUUUGAUCUUUGGUAGUUGAACGUGAUCCUAAGGAAAUCUCACUGUAUACAAGUCCAAAGGCAUAUCUGUUUUCCCCCCUUGUUUAAUAUAAAAUUAUAUAUCUUCAGUCAGGAUGCUUGUCUCUUGAUCUUACAUGGUUUUUACAUUCCUCACCACUAUGUACAAUUUAUUUUUUUAUCAUCCAAAAAUUUGUGGAUAAGAAUGAAUAAAUACAUUUGUAAUAAAUAUUCCUGAAAAAGAAAGGGAUCGCCAAGCAAUUUAAAGCAUUGACCAAAUAAAAUAUGUGUUUGUAUUACUGUUUAUGGCAAGUAUUUUUCUAUGAUAUGCCUUUACAACUAUCCCAUGAUACUGAAUCCGUAUGUAUUUAUCAUGAAAGUUUUAUUCCAUUCUAACCAAGAGCUCACUAAAUGUUUUUUUCUAAAUGAAAACUUUAUCUUCUGUAUUUUAAGCAGAAUUUUGUCUCUGAUAAUAAAAUUUUGUACAGUAA